AUGAUUUUUUGUAAUAGAUUUUCAUUUUUAUUUAACAGAAAUAAUAUUUCAUCAUUUUUAAUAGAUUUUAAAUUGGAAUUUUUGUUUUUCAACUAAAACUCAUGUAUUAAAUCGAGUAUUUUGAAUAAUGUAAUACCAUUGUUGAUUAUACAUAUAAUUACAACGAUUCAUACAAAAUUCUUUGAAGAUUAGUAAUUUUAUAUCUGUAAAUAGAUUAUUAGAUUACAAUUAUCUCGAUAAAUAUAUAAAAUCUUUGUAAUGGAUAAUAUAUUAAAUCACAAAUAAUGGAAAUACAAUAGAAAUUGA